CAAGUUAACAACACUGUAUGCCGUAAGCUUUUGUCUGGGCUGGAUCAAGGAAGCUUACUGGGGACCAGAAAAAGAAACGAAAAAGGAGGAGGAAAAACAUUACCCAAAUUGCCGAGUGAAAAGAAAGGAAAAGGCACAACAGAAAAAGAAAUGCACAAUAGAAUCCUCGUCUGCGAGCGAGAUUGCCAAUUUGCUUUAACUUAGACCAGAGAAACCAUAAAAAUAAAUAAAAGCAUCUUCGUCUUCUAUUAGUGAAGGCUAUGGCAGGAGCAACAGCGACAGCAGAGGCGCCCAAGUCCUCUUCAGGUGGUGGUGGAUCAGGUGAUUCAUACAUUGGAAGCUUGAUUAGCCUCACUUCUAAGUCUGAGAUUCGAUAUGAAGGCGUUCUUUACAACAUCAAUACUCAAGAAUCCACCAUUGGCUUGAGAAAUGUAAGGUCAUUUGGCACAGAAGGGCGUAAAAGGGAUGGACCACAAGUUCCUCCAAGUGAUAAAAUUUACGAGUUCAUACUCUUCCGAGGAAGUGAUAUCAAGGAUCUGCAGGUUAAAUCUUCUCCACCUGUUCAAACUACAAAACCUAUACAUACUGAUCCUGCUAUCAUACAGUCUCACUAUCCCCAAACAGCAACUGCAUCUAUGACCAUGCCUUCUUCUAGUACUGGAUCAUUAAAAGAUUCAAGUUCCCAUGCUUCACCUCAUGAAUUAUCCAUGCCAACAUUUCAAGGAAAUCUUCCCCUAUAUCAACCUGGUGGUAAGUUAGGGUCACAGGGUUCAUUAUCUAAUCCGCCAACCACCAGUGGUACUGGUCUUGCUAUGCCAAUGUACUGGCAAGGGUAUUAUGAUCCCUCAAAUGGAUUGCAGCCACAUCAGCAAACUUUGCUUCACCCCCCACCUGGCUUGUCUAUUCCUCCUUCCAUUCAGCAGUAUGUGCAACACCCUGCCACAGAUGCAUCUAAGCUCUCAGCUUCCCAAAUGUCUGAAAAUCCCCCUCUUUCAUUCCCAUCCUUUAGCACAGGCACUCAGAAUAUGCAGUCUUCUAUUCUUCCUGUGCAGUCUUCUCCAACAGUUCCAGACUCUGCAAAUUUGAUUUCCAAUAAGGCUUCUGUUCAGGCGCUUCCUGCUGCAUCAGUUAAUAUUAACUUGCCAAUGGCAUCUCCAUUGACAUCGGCUUUAGAUAAAAGUUUCAUUGCAUCACCAGUUAUUAUUGAGUCCAGGACAGUUGAUGAUCCUUUAGUGCCUUCUAAAAGUAUGUCUGAAUCUUUGUCCUCCAACACAAGGGCAUUGGUUUCUGUUUCAAAUGAGGGAGCAAUACCUUCUCUGGUGACACCGGGCCACUUUUUGCAGCCUGGCACAGUGCCUUCAUUGCAGUCUUCUCAAGCAGCUCAGAAGGAUGUUGAGGCUGUGCAAUCGUCAGAAUCACCACCACCAUCAACUGUGGCUGUAAUGGAAAUGCAAGAGCCAAUAUUACCUUUACCUUGUCCACCUGAUCGCAGGGUAUACGGAGCUCCUAUGCAUACAUAUCAUGGUAGCAGAGGACAUGAAAGGGGAAGAGGGAAUAGAGUUUGGGAUGCUGCAACCAGAUUUGAAGAGGACUUUGAUUUUACAGCAAUGAAUGAGAAAUUCAACAAGGAUGAAGUAUGGGGUCAUCUUGGUAAAAGUAACAAGGCUCAAGAAGAUGAGGAGGAGUCAGAAGAUGAAGAUAAUGAAUUAUCAAAAUAUGAGAAAAAGCCUGUUUAUGUGAAGGAUGACUUUUUCGAUUCCCUAUCAUGCGGCAGUCUUGGCGGUGGAUCACGAAAUGGGAGCACUGGCUUUUCUGGGCAAAUCAGAAAAAAUACAGAGACAUUUGGUAAUUUUUCACGGCACCGGGGUGGUGGAGGUGGCUGGGGACCUGGUCGAGGCGGCCGAUCACGAGGCGGUUAUCACGGAAGGGGCUAUGGCUAUGGUUAUCUUGGCCGGGGUCGAGGCUAUACAAUGCCCAAUCGUGACAUCUAAUUAUCUCUUGAAGAGUCUUUAAUGUAAUAAUGAUUGUAUAAGUCGCCCCAUGUUAGGCUACACUCAGUUUUCAGCGUCAAAGUUGGAAGAGUGCGUGGAGUUUGCAAUGUAAUGAUUAGGUUUAACCGGGUAAAUUGGAGAUGCUUGUAAGAAUUAUAUAUGCUGUGUGAAUUAGGUGGCUAACUUGGAUUGUGCUGCGGAAUAAAAUUGAAAAGUGAUUUUCAUUGUAA